CGCGAUGUUUGAAAAUCGUCGGUGAUGAGUGCUGACUGGUCAGGCUUUAAUACUUGUGUUUAUAACAUGAAUUUGAAACUUCCAACAUAAUCACUUAUGGAUGUCCAAACUGGCCACUGUGAGUGGGUUGCUUCGUCCAAUACGAAUUCGUCUACGGAGGGACUCAUUAGCUCUAUUGCUAACCUAAGUUUCGAAGAAACCCGUUUGCUUUGGGGAAAUAGUGGUUAUGCUACUGUGUCUACUCAAGAUGCUCUUGGGAACCGCCCACCAUUCGGUUCGACACCAUGGGAUAUUUCUUCAAACCAUACCACUUCAAAUUCCAUACCAAUGGUUCGCAGUCGGCGCGACAAGCCCAACAGUACCAUCCCAGAAUCUAAUCUAAGUGAUGGGAGUAUUUUGAUGUCUCCUGGAUCUAAGGAUAUGGUGGCUUUGGGGAUGCAGAUGGCAGACCACGUUUUAAGUAACUCUCCAGGAAAUAAUGCUCAGUACUUGAGAGACAUUUCUGAAAACUUGUCAAAUGCAUUUCCUCAUCGUCCAGCACCUAAUUCACUCAAUGGAACCCAAUCUUUUGCAUUAAAUUCUUACCAAUAUGAUUCAAACGUAAGAUCAGUCCUUCCAAAUGAGUCAGAUGCUUUGCAUCAAAAUCAACCUCUUCAGUCUGGAGCUAAUGGAUUGAUUUCAAAUUGCUUUAAUCCAGCUCAAUAUUAUAUGCGUCCACCCUCAGCUGCAACACAGUCUUUACAACAAGUACCUUAUUCGAUUAUACCUAAUAGAUCAUCGGAAUAUGUGCAUGUAAAAAGCUUUACCUCAGAAGCAAUUAGUUGCGAACCUUGCAAUUCCAUUCAAGCUGAAAACUUAGUACCAUAUUUCAUCAACGUUCCAGCAAAUACAGAUCCUUCAGCGUCCAACAUACCUGCAGAGUCUUUCAAUAUGUUUACUGGUUCCCAUUUACAUCGAGAUCAGCAUCCAGCAAGCCAAUCUGAUAAUACAACCCACUUAGUUCCUAUAAUUCCCCAAACAAAUCGCAUCAGUAGUUUACAUCAUAUGAAGUAUAACUCCACAAACGCUAACGAGGAACAUAAAAACCAAUCAUUUAAUCCUUACUUGGGUGGUGCGUUUUCUGGUGUAAAUCAAUUAAACACAUGCUUAGAUUUUAAUAGUGAAUUUAUGACGAAUCCUUCGUUUAUUAGUCAUGUUUCUUUAGCUUGUAGUGAAGGCUACCUACCAACAUUUAUUCGGUCUAAUGGGCCGCCCUCACAGGACAUAAAUAAUUUUGGAGGUUGCUCAAGCUAUCCUUCUGUAAAUCAAGAUUUUUAUAUGCAUGGACCUUAUAGUAAUCUCGGAGGCAACAGGACGGUGGAACAUGCACCAUCUGAACAUACUACUAACGGACUAGUUACAAAUUCUCCUUAUGGUCCCGCACAAUAUGGGCCACAAAAGUUUCAGCAUACUGUUUACCCUAAAGGUGUAUCUCCAGCUCCAGGUGAUCAACUGAAUAUACAGGUACCAAAUUGUGCUGGUGUAAACAACUAUCCAAUGCACCCAGUUGAUACUAUGGUAAGCACGUUGGUGGGGUCGCAAUUUCUCGGACCAUCAGCGAACGGUCAUGCACAAAAUGGGGCUGGUUUUCAAAAUUUACCUGCCAGCGGUUUAUAUCAAUCUCUUAUUCAACCUAAAGAUCCUUCUAUACAUAUUCAGGCUCAAGCUGUUCAGCCUGUUUCAAACGACCAACAACAACAAUCUGCAGCCUUAUUCGCACACACUCUUCAGUUGUUUGCAGCUGCCGCUGCUAGGAAUAUGGGUUCUGGAACACACGAUAUUCACGUAUCUGGUGUCGGGUCAAGUAACAGUGGAUCUGUAUUAAAUUCUGUUGAUUUUGAGUGUUUGAGGCCUUCAGGUGUAAGUGCAGAAGUUUCGCUUACUGCACCCAUUCUACCAGAUCAUUUGCAGGCGUAUGCGAGUAAUUCUUGUGUUCCUGUAAAUGCAGUGGAAAGUCCGGGUCCCCGUCAUCCCCAUUCUACCUUGGAUUUUAAGUCAAUGUGCUCAACGGUUCCUGCUCCUUUCCCACCUAUCUCAUCAUCCAUUCAUUCACAAAAUAUUUUUCCACAAACUGAUGUAAUUACUCAGGAGUUCCAGCAUGCUGGUUUAGGUUAUACCGGAUUGUCAUCUAUGAAUUCAAUGGGUGAUCGUCUGCUUCGACCUUCCAAUAAUUUCGCAAGACCUACACCACCAUUGUCUUCCAAUCGUAUGCCUUAUAUUCCUGCGAGUGUUACAGACUCUCAAUCACCUCCUAGAACUCCGACUACAAUAAUUGGCCCAAGAAUUAGUGUGCCACCAGUCCCACCGAGACCUCAAAUAGCUACUUCAACUAUGUAUACUUGUCAAAAUAAUGGUCCACCUCCUUUUUCUUCCAUACAUACACCACGUUUUCCCUCACGCGGCCCAACUAGUUAUCCACAACUGAAUUUAACACUCAUGCCUCCGCCUCUUCCUCCUUACCCUCAUCAUAUUCAUCAACCACCGCCUGUUCUUCCACCACCUGGAUUUCUACCACCAGCUCAUUCCUAUCGCCCUUCUGGAACCAGUAGCUCUUCUGUCCCACUUAAUAAUACAUCUCCUUCAGGAAACAAGCCUGUUCAUAACAGAUUUCCAAAAGAUCACACUCACUGUACAACACUGCAUCAACCUAACACCCCUGUGUCUGUGAUGACACUCACGUUUGCAGCUGCUCAGCAACAAACCUCAGGAGUAAAUCCUACUUUCGGGAUAAGGCAUUCAUCAUCCAACCAAACUUCUCAUUUUCCACCUCCGUACUAUGGUUUUCCUACUGAUUCAACCGCAACUCCCACUUUCCAACCAAAUUCUUCGUACCUUAAUCAUUCUAACCCACCGUUACAUAUUAAUAAUGUAUUGCACCUAAGACCGACUAAUGAUGCUGCUCCAGAGCGUAGUCGUCUGUUGGAAGAGUUUCGUAAUUCUCGAUUGCCUUGUUUAACAUUGCAUGAUUUAAUGAAUCAUAUCGUGGAAUUUGCUCAAGAUCAGUAUGGUUCACGUUUUAUUCAACAGAAAUUAGAACAAGCUAGUGUUGUAGAUAAAACUAGUGUGUUUCGUGAAAUUCUUCCUUAUGCAUACAAUCUAAUGAUCGAUGUAUUUGGAAAUUAUGUAAUACAGAAAUUUUUUGAAUUGGGAACACCAGAGCAAAAACAAAUACUAGCUCAGAGAAUACGUGGACAAGUUUUGUCAUUGUCCCUUCAGAUGUAUGGUUGUCGUGUCAUACAAAAAGCUGUUGAGUCUGUCCCAUUGGAAAUGCAAAUAUCAAUCGUUAAGGAACUGGAUGGAUGUGUAAUCAAAUGUGUGAAGGAUCAAAAUGGAAAUCAUGUUGUACAGAAAUGCGUGGAAAAUGUCCCUCCAGAACACUUACAGUUUAUUAUAGACGCUUUUAAGGAUCAUGUAUAUUCGAUAUCUACUCAUUCGUAUGGUUGUCGUGUUAUUCAACGUAUUUUAGAGCACUGUACACCUGAACAAACUACUCCAAUUCUCUCUGAGUUACACCAACACACUGAUGCGCUUGUUAAAGAUCAGUAUGGAAAUUAUGUGAUUCAACAUGUUCUUGAACACGGAAAAACGGAAGAUAAGAGCCGAAUCGUAGAACACAUCAAAGGUCGUGUAGCUAAGCUGAGUGUGCACAAGUUCGCUAGUAAUGUUGUAGAGAAAGCUGUUGCGAACGCUUCACGAGUUGAGCGUCAAUCACUUAUCAAUGAAAUACUUGAAGAAACUGUGUUAACUGAAAAUCAAAUUGUACAAAAUGGACAAAAUCAAUCUAGGGAAUUUCGGGUUGAUGAUAGUUUUAGUGAGAAUGAUGAUGACGAUGAUGAUGAUGAACCCAGAACGAGAAGUUCGGUUUUAGUUAUGAUGAUGAAAGAUCAGUUUGCUAAUUAUGUUAUCCAGAAAAUGUUGGAUGUUGCUGAGCAACCGAUAAGGAAAGAGCUUAUGAUUCAAAUUCGUCCACAUUUAGGUAUUUUACGUAAAUAUACUUACGGUAAACAUAUCAUUAAUAAGAUGGAAAAAUACUACAUGAAAACAAAUCAGUUACAUUUAGCCGUUGGACUAAAUUCUCCAUCACCACCUCCAUCUCUAGAUAUUGUAAACGCUUCUUCAAACAUCACUCAAUCGAAUUUAAAUUCAACUAUUCGUAGUUGUGGAAGUACACAUAGCAGUUCGGCUGCAUCACUCCUCCCACCACUGUUAACUCCAACAGAUAUGGCUAUUCGAGCUUCGAAGUCAAUUUCAGUGAAUCGAUCCGGUCAUUCACACCAUUGCUAUUCUAAUCAUAUCUCUCACCAUCAUCAGUCGUAUUUAUCUUCAUUUUCGCGUAAUGGUUUACCAUCACAUCGGGUAAAACAUAAAGAGUCCAAUAAUAGUAACUCAAAUUCUCAGAAAGUUUCAAAUGAGGAAAUGCAAAGUAGUUCUACACUUAUGUCUGAUAGUACGAGUUCAUCCAAAGAGACGUUGGAAGUGCAUAGAAGUUUUGAUGACGAGUUCUGUGGUGGUGAUAAUAUUAGGUCCUUAAAAAGUAAACAUGAAAAACACAAUUCCGAAUUAGAAUCAUCUAAUUUUAAUCAAACACCAACGACUACGAAUGAACGCUCCAAUAGGAACUGUGACGAUAAUAAAGGAAAAGUAAAAUUAUCAGAUCCAGGCAGUACUAGUCAUUUGUAUCAAGUAGUCAAUGAUGUAUCAAGUGAUUUUCGAGUGUCAUCAACAACAAAAUCUAGUAUUCCAACAUCUACUAGCGUCAAACUUAAUGAAGUAGAUGUUAAUGGUGGAAAGUCAAGAAGUGUCGGUGAACUACUGACUAACGGUAGUGAUCAUUAAUAAUGUUUGCUAUACCUUUUCCUCUUCCUUUAUGUCAAUUUAUCUUCUUUUUCUUAAAUCCUUUUUUUUCUAAAUGUUAUAUGAUCAUCAAUUAACCGUUAGGAAAUUGCUUAUUUGAUAGUAUCUUCCAUGUUUUGUAUUUUAUCAAGCUUCAAUUCCUUGUGCAAUGACCUAUUUAUCUCAAACUAUUUUAAAAAGAUUUCCUCAUGUUCAGCAAAUAUCAUUCUCUUGCACAGACGAUUUAUUAUGUAAUGUUUUUUCUCUCUUUUUAUUAUAUAUUUUUUUAAGAAAAAUUUCGACCUUCCAUUGUCUCAUGUAUAUGUACGUAUAAGCUUUGAUUUUUUUUUCUUUUUUUUAUGCAAAGAAAUGUAUGAGACCUCCUUGUAAAACAUAACUUUUCACUGUACGUGAUGUUUACUGAUUAAUACAUGGAUGACGGGUCCAGGUUAUUUAUAUAUACAUACAUUCUAUUGUUGCGUUUCAUUCUCUUUCACCAUACUACCCUAUCGUCGUCAGUUGUGUUGUUAUACUGACAUGACUGAUUCUGUAUUAAUGGUACACUUCACUUGUUAUUUCUUUCGGUGUAUGUUGUUGUGUAAUCAACUGAAUAUCCUUAUAUGUAGUAAAAAUUUCAAUUUUUAUUCAAUGUAUGUGCAUCUACUGUAAAUCGGACUAUUCUCAAUUAUGAAUCUAUUAUAUGCCAAUUCAAGUUGUAUUUAUACGUAUAUAUAUAUAUUAAUAAUCUUCACUUCAUAUUAACCCUUUUUUUAGUUCCUGAUGUCUGAUCAUCUUGGAAUUGUGUAUUGUUUUCUACAAUAAUAGAAUGUUUGUAUUUAGUUAUUUAUUAUUACUAUAUUGGUUGAAGUCAUUUUGUAGUAACUAUCCUGUUUAAUCAAGCUUGUCUUUGUAUACAUUCUGUACACCAUUUUAACUUUUAUUUGUUUCACUUGUGUGUUUGUGACAAUGUGUUAUUAUUACUAUUAUUGCUAUAACACUCUCCCAAGUUCUUGAUACUUGUAAUAAUAUGUAUUUUUCACUGUUCUUUCACUAUGAAAAAAUUGAUCGUUUUCACAAAUAAAAUGAAUAUAUAUAUAUAUAUAUUCUAUUUAUCAUUGUGUUUUGUUUAUUAUUCCAUUCAAUCGUAAACAAAUUGUCAGUGUUGGAUAUCAGUACCUUCAAUCUAAUUACAUAAUCCACUAAUUAUGUAUUUGUUAAGUAUAUAUUUUCUUUAUUUGCACAAUGGUUCGUAUUAAUUAAAGGCUUUCCGUUAUUAUCUUGUUAGCUUACGUUAUCUAGUUGAUUUCGUAUCAUUUUAGUUUUUUCAUUAGGCUAACAGAUUUGAUAUAAUUUAAAAAAAACAACUAAAUGUUCACAAUUAGACUUUUGUAAAGUUAUCGUAGAUGCUUUGAUAUAUUUCGGCGUAAUACGAUUCAUUUGAAUUUGAAGGGAAUCAAAGUCGUUUUGUUUUGUUCACUUAUGCCUUUGGAGUCGUCAUGUACCUCGAUCUUUGACGACUAUCAUUAUGUUUUUAAAGUUUUAUGUGUAUUUGCUCUCAAAGUAAAACUAGGAAACCGUGAUGAAUAUUCUUCCACAGCUCUCAUACUCGUUGACAAUAUCAUAAAUUGACUACCUUCCUGUCAUUUACACCCAGUCCCAGCGUCGAUAGAUAAAAAACGAUAUAGGAGUUAGUAGGAUGACAUUCACUGUAUAUGUAUUAAGAUAUACAAUGCGCUUCAUAAACAACAGAUAUAAAAAUUAUAUGCAUAAUGAAUUAGAUACUUUACAGUGCCCUAUAUCACCUGAAAGGUAGUACAGAAUUACGGAGGUGACAUAUAACUACA